GGAUGACGCGCGCGCAGGGCGGGGCGGGAUGACGCGCGCGCAGGGCGGGCUGCGCCAGCGGAGCUCGAGCUCGAGCCCAGUCGGCGGCGAUUCCGCUUUAAACCCCCCCUCCAUUAAAAUAAAGGCGCUUUCCAUGAAGUAAACCCGCCGCCUUAUCCUCUGGGCCGUCGCUCCACCUCAGCAGUUGCCACAGAUUUAUAUUUAUUUCGUGCCGGUGGGUCGGAUCGGGUCGGGUGUCGAUGGCGGCGGCGGCAGCAGCAGCAGCAGCAGCAGCGGCGGCGGCGGCGCGGGGCAGCAACCUGAGGAAGGCGAGCGGCUUCAUCGGGCUGGUGAAGGAUGCCUUCCAGCCCCAGCACCACCACCAACAGCAGCAGCAACUGCAACAGGCCGGCGUCGUGGACAAGCGGACCGUGGAGAAAUGCUGGAAGCUCAUGGACAAGGUGGUCAGACUGUGUCAAAAUCCCAAAGUAGGACUGAAGAACAGUCCCCCAUAUAUUCUUGAUCUGCUGCCUGACACUUACCAGCAUCUACGUCUGAUCCUGAAUCGAUACGAGGGGAAAAUGGAAGCUCUUGGAGAGAAUGAAUAUUUCAGAGUCUUCAUGGAGAACCUGUUAAAAAAAACAAAGCAAACUAUAAGCCUUUUCAAGGAAGGGAAGGAGAAAAUGUACGAGGAAACAUCACAGCCAAGACGACAUUUGACCAAGCUGUCAUUGAUAUUCAGUCACAUGUUGGCAGAGCUGAAAGCUAUAUUCCAAAAUGGCGUAUUCAUGGGAGAUACUUUCAGGAUCACAAAAGCAGAUGCGGCAGAUUUCUGGAGGAAAGCUUAUGGAGAAAAGACGAUCAUUCACUGGAAGGUUUUUCGACAGGCCUUGCAUGAUGUUCAUCCAAUCACCUCGGGUCUUGAGGCCAUGGCCUUAAAAUCUACUAUUGAUCUGACCUGUAAUGACUUCAUCUCGGUUUUUGAAUUUGACAUUUUCACCAGACUUUUUCAGCCUUGGUCAUCACUGCUCAGGAACUGGAACUCAUUAGCUGUUACUCAUCCAGGAUACAUGGCCUUCUUAACUUAUGAUGAGGUAAAAGCGAGACUCCAGAAGUUCAUCCACAAACCCGGGAGCUACAUAUUUCGGUUGAGCUGCACUAGGCUUGGCCAGUGGGCAAUUGGCUACGUCACAGCUGAUGGCAACAUUCUCCAAACCAUUCCUCACAACAAACCCCUCUUCCAGGCACUCAUCGAUGGAUUCCGUGAAGGCUUUUACCUAUUUCCUGAUGGACGCAGUCAAAAUCCAGACCUGACUGGUUUGUGUGAACCAACGCCACAUGAUCAUAUCAAAGUGACACAGGAACAAUAUGAACUGUACUGUGAGAUGGGCUCCACCUUUCAGCUCUGUAAGAUCUGUGCAGAGAAUGACAAGGAUGUCAAAAUCGAACCAUGUGGUCACCUAAUGUGUACUUCCUGUCUUACAGCCUGGCAGGAAUCGGAAGGUCAAGGAUGUCCAUUUUGUCGUUGUGAAAUAAAAGGCACUGAACCAAUUGUUGUGGAUCCCUUUGACCCGAAAGAUGGGCCAUGUCAAAUACGACUGGGAAUGGAAGCAAUGUUAUCUCCAAAUUUUGACGAUGAAGAUGAUGACCGCAGUGAUGAAUUGUUUAUGAUGAACAAGCUGGCAAAUGCAAAGAUCGAAAGGCCUUCAUCUCCCAUUGCCCCAGCUCCUAAUUCUGCACUUCCACCCGUUCCUCCUCGUUUAGAUCUGCUACAGCAUCGAUCGCCCACUGUUUCCAGUGCUUCUAGUCCUUGUGUUUCACCUAAGGCUUCGUCGAGUUGCUUGCAUAAGCAGGACAAACCUUUACCUGUUCCUCCAUCUCAUCGAGAUCUACCACCUCCGCCACCUGACCGACAUCCAUCUGCAAACUCAGAAUCUCGUAUGCAGAGGCGUCCCUUACCAAGCACACCAAAUGACAUCUCAGCAAGAGAUAAGCCACCUCUUGCACCACCUAACCGACCUGGAGAACCUUGGAAUUCACGACCUCAGGCAACUAUAGCAUCUGCACAGACACUUAACCUUGGAGAUAGGUGGACAGGCAGAGAGUUGUCCAACAGACACUCUUUGCCUCUACCAUUGACGUCUCUGAUAGAUACCAGGACGGACGCAGUUAGGCACAGUAGCUCGCUUGGGCUUGACAAUGUCGUGGUUUUCGGUGGGGCCAUGAGUGAUGGCUCGGAGCACGACAACUCCAAAGUGAAACCCUCUGCAUCAGCAAAUGCUAUUUACUCUCUUGCUACACGACCCCUGCCAAAGCCAUUCCCAUCAGAGGAACCUUCAGAGAGCAGUGAUGAGGAUAUUGAUUACAUGACCCCAUCUUCAUUGCCUGUGCAUGUUCCUCUCUGCGUCACCUCCUCCUUAGAUUCCAGACUUCCGCUGCAAACACAGAGCAGCCACCACGCAGAAACUUUGACUGAAUCUGAUCCAUUGAGACUGAUGUGCGAGUCGAUGUUUUCAUCGUCUCUGGCCGCAAAUGUAGAUUUGCCACACGUUGUGUCAGACAAUGGUGAUUCUGCCAUCACUGAUGGGGCUGAACGAGAUGAGAGUGAAGGUGAGGAAGAUGCAUAUGAUUUCCCCAAACCACCUGUACCACUUCCUCUAGCUCGCCGCACUCUCUCCGACGUAUCUUAUACCACUUCAGCAUUUGCCAGUGCACCUGCUGAACAGAAUCUACCUGGCCCCAAUGCACAGGCAGGAGAUUCAUCUGCGCCUGAAAGACCCCCCAAACCUUUACCUCGCAGAAUCAACUCUGAGCGCAAAUUCAGUCCUAAUCGAUCAAACAGCUGUAACAUGUUGCUGCCGCAACAGCAACAGACUCUGUCAGCUGAGAUCAACAGCCUCUUGAGCCAGGGCUACUCGUAUCAGGAUAUACAAAAGGCAUUGCUUAUUGCACAAAAUAACGUGGAAAUGGCAAAAAAUAUUCUUCGUGAGUUUGUGUCUGUUCCUUCCCCUGCACAUAUCGCGACGUAACCACCCUCAGGACACUGACUCUGGCAAGUCAGUGCUCACGGGUUAGUGUCUAAUCAGAGCUUCGGCUUGAGUGAUGCCGUGCCUCAUGUAACCCUACCACCUCAUCAAUUUGAAUAAUCAGGUCUGUGCAAUUACUGAUACACUGAAGGGCGGUAGCUCCCUGCCUUGUUUCCAUUCCAACUGUGGGCUUUUUAAAAAAAAGUUUAUAUUUGAAAGUAUCAUAAGAUACUUGACCUUGAAAAGUUACAUUCUUAAGGGCAGUGAUCAUUUAGCAAGAAAUGUUACAAUCCAUUACAAUAUGAUUUCAAUUGGUUCAUUCUUGUCUGAUUAUAAUAAAUAAUUUGAAUAUAAUGUGAAUUCCCUUAAAUUCUACAAGCAAAUGCACAUCAUGCAUGAAUGUCACUACUUUCCCACAAACUGUAGCACAAAGUUGAAGUAUGGAAUGUGUGAUAUUGAAAGACUUAUUCUAUGCUGUAACAAGCCCUUCUCUACAUGUGCACGCUUUGUGUAAAUUAAGUUUAAAGUGCUAUAAUAGUUGGGAUUCAGAGUCAUGGUACCAGAGUAAUGAGCUUUAACAUGGGCACCUACCUGCUGUUGCUGGUAAAUGCCUGCUGCUGAGAUGUGCAAUUAUUGUUGUGGACCUAGGUUAGCACUUGUAUCAGCCUGCCAUUCAGAAAAAAAGGGGUCUAUUUUUGUACAAACAUGUCGUUUGCACAAAACAAAAUUUAAUUAGCAAAUUGUUUUUAUGCAGUAACGUGAAUAUGAUAAUUGAAUUCCAAAUCAUAUAGGUUCAAAAAAAGGGAAAUCAUAGCCAAUGGUGCAGUCCUGCAGCAGCUAGUUACAUCAGUAGUGGCAAGAAGGCUGCCUCUGUGCACCUUGUGAGUUGUAUAUUCCCUUUUUGAAAUACUUGUGCAUAAAAUGUGACUUGAAUGUAAAAGUUAAAAAUUGAAGAUGCAAUUUGCUGCAAAGUGACCACUUCACUGGGUAGAUAUUAGGGCAGUUUCUUUUAUGUACCGCUAGCCCUUGAAUCAUUCCUGGUUUACCAUUGCUUUCAACAAUAGUUGGUUUAUAGCUUAAGAUAGCACAGUGCAUUCAAUGACAGGUACAUGAGGAAAGUCAGGAUUGAAAAAUUGCAGCUUGACCCUUAAUGUUUUUCUUGUACAUUAAUCAUGCCCUUAUAACAUGACAUAUUGGAUUUGCAAACCAUAUAUCCUGGCAAUACUCAACAGGUAAGGCAGCAUCAAUGAAGAGAGGAGCAGAGUUUUAUGUAGGGAAGCUCUUAUCGGAGGUUUGUUUUGACAAAACAUAAUCUAUAUUUUGCCCAUGAGAAUUUUCUUUCUUUCUCCAUAGAUGUUGCCUGAUCGGCUGAGUAUUUCCAGGAUUUUUUUUAAAUUAUUUUUAUUUCACAUUUCCAGCAUCUAAGUUUUUAUUUUGGGCACAUUCAGUUUCCAAUUUAAAAAAAAAUACUUGUACCUCUGCUCUUAGGAAAUUAGUUGAUGUUUUUGCACUGAAUUGUGAUUUGAACUGAUUUUUUUUUAAAACACAUUGAAAGUGUCAUGUUGGAUUAAAAAUUGUCUACAUUAAGAUUGCACAGGAGCGGCAAUGGUUACAGUGGAUCUGUAACCUUUCAUAGUACAAUAGCCCAAGUUUAUAAGAUGUCAGUAUCGUUUGAGAGGAAAGUGAAACAUUUGAAGACAAAACGUGAUAAAUUGGAUUAAGAGCAGUUCAUUUAAUUUCUAUUUGUUCUAUUAGUCUAUUUGUUGCUGUUCUGUGCAAGUUGAUUUGGGUAAUAUUGAGUCCAAUGUGCAGUUCUGUACUUCCCGAUAACUAGAUUUUGCUCAAAUGUCGGAGGCCAACUUUGUCUGGUAUACUUUUAGCAUUAUUUUUGAUCAAAUGUAAAGAUGGUGAAAAAAUGUGCUUUUAUUUCAAAACCUAACAAAUUAAGAUUUAAAAAGCAGCUAUGUAAUGACAGUUCUGGUGUACGUGACAUUUCUUACCAUAUAAUAUUAGUUUGAGGUAAUGAUGGAUGCAAUUUUACCAUACUCUUGUGCUCAACAAAUGAGGUAUAAUUUGGCCUGAUGUAUCGAGAAGUUAUCGUGAAAUUGUGAUAAAUUUUACAGCAGUAGUAAAUAAUUGCGUGAAAAAGGGCAUGUCAUAAUUUAAGGUCUUGAAUGCUCUUGUUCCCUCAUCUUCCAAGCUUGGAGUAGUGUAAAUUAAUAAGAAUAGAUUCCUGGUAUACCAUGUUCAAGCAAAUUCACAGAGGUUCAGAUGAAAGAUUAUCAAAUGUUAACUCUUUUCCCUUGCCAUAGAUGCUGCCUGACCUGUUGGCUAAUCCAGAAUUUAGUUUUUAGUUUUAGAUUUCCAGAAUCUGCAGUUUUUUUUUCAUUUAAAAGAUCGCUGCUAUGAAGUAGCAUAGGUUAACUGCUGGAAACGCUAAUGAUCUUGGGUUGUCCCCUUCACUUCUGACCCCACCUCCCCCCCCCCCCCCCCCCCCCCCCCCCCUACGCCAGCUCUGUGAGCAUGUGGGAUUUAUACCCAACUGUUUUUGCAAAAUAGUGGGUCAUCUGGUCAUUCACUUCAUGCAAUAGUUUGCAGGAUAGCACUUUCAUACUUUACACACAAAUCUCUUUAGUAUCUUUCAUAAAUUCAUUUGAUAAAGGAGGAAUCUGCUGUGAUCAACAUUUCCGAUGCAUGGUGUGUUUCCGGUAAAUUGUGCGUCCCAUUCGGAUAUCUCUAAUGUAAAGGCAAGGUUGCAGUUUCAGGAAUUCCAUGAGUUCUCAGUGGUUUUCAACAUAUUUAAUUUUUAUUGUAUCUAUUGAGGAUCAUUUAACAGUAGCAUAGAAUAUUCUGAUCUUCUGCUCAUACGAUUAUGCCAAUGUUUUGGAAGAUUGAUCCUAUCAAUUCCACUCGUCUGUUUUCCCUAUAUUGUUUUAGUUAUUUAUUUAAAUCAAUUUUUAAUAUUACCUUUAAACCUGUUUCAACCACCCACUAUGGCAGUGUACACGUAGUUCCUCUAGACUGCGUUAUUGCAUUCUGCAAAUUGGAUAUAAUGUAAUUGAUGAAUUGGGGAACACUAUCUGUUUUAAACAGGCUGAAUGGGUUAUUACACCUUUCAGUUGAGAACUAGAGAACCACAUAAAAGUUACUCAAGCAGAAUUUUUUUUAUCUUGCAAAAAUAUAUAGUUGGGAAAAGAACAACCACCCAGCAGUAAUCAGACACCAUUGUCUAAUAAGAACACAGUCUCUCACUUUUACCACGGGUGACAAUUGACAUUUAUAACUAAUCGCUUCCAUUGAUACUUGUACAUUGAUUAAAUGAUGUAACAUACAGCCUUUAGUAUUCUUAGCUUGCAGCAACAAAAAUAAACUUGUAACUUUCAAAAGAUUUUGUUUCAAAAUCAUGCAGGAAAAACAACUUUGUUAGUGCUAGUCUGCAACGCUCUAGCCCUAUCCACCUUUUCUCCAUUGACACAAAUGUUUUUAUAAUGAGGUUUUCUAUAACGUAAGUUUUCUUAGGAAUGCAACUACCGCCUUGUGGCAGAACUACCUGAAUUUCAAAUUGUAGCAGAUGGUGUUUGUUUAAAAAAAGAGCAUUGUUACAUUGUCGGAAGAUAUUGACCUGAAACGUCACCUAUUCCUUCGCUCCAUAGAUGCUGCCUCACCCGCUGAGUUUCUCCAGCAUUUUUAUCUACCUUCAAUUUUUCCAGCAUCUGCAGUUCCUUCUUAAACUUUGUUACAUUAUCUGGUUCUUUGUCAGUCACCUUAAAACAAACUCCUCUGUUAGGAAUGUCUGUUUCUUCCUUUGUUCCUUCAAGGAUACUGAUUACCUUGAGCAACUGUUACCAGAUCUGGAACCAACCUUAACCAGAUUUUUCCAGUACCUUUACAUACCUGAAGUUACUAGGCUCAGACAUUCUAGUAAAGCUGUGCUUCCUAUCCAAGGCCCCCACCUUGUUGAAAGUUUGGUGUUCAGAUUUGAACUUGUACUGGGUUUGUUGUGUAGUUUUGGCAUAAAUUUCAUCCAUAACUUGUUUUUUAUUGCUCUAUUAAUAAAGUCAAGGCCCCUUCUAAUUUUUUUUAAAAACAGAUACUUUAGCUUGCCCUGCCUUCUCCAA